AUGCCAAAGAGUAAUAGACAUUUAUACUUAGGUAUCAAUCAUUUUGAUAAAUAUAUAGAUGAUAGUAAUGUAAGAGUUACUCCUGUAGAAGAUCAAAAUCAAUCAAAUCAUACUGGCAUCGCAACAAUCGAAUAUCAAAACGGAUCAAAUUUAAAUAAUAUCGAUUGGUCUGAAAAUGAUAGCAAUUAUCAAAUAGAAGAAUCUUAUUUCUUUGACAAUUGUGAAGAUAACAAUAGAUUUGAAAUGGAAUAUAUGUUUCAAGAAAAUUCCAAUAGAAGUAGCCCCUUUGGAAUAUCAUCGUUAAGUGGAAAAACAUAUCAAAAGAAUAGUGAAGAAAUCAAAUAUGAACUGCACAGUGAUCUGAAAGGACCGAAUGCUAAGUUCUAUUAG